AAAGGGUACAAGCUCGAGCUAUCUCAGAGUCUCGGGAAUCCUCUCCCCUCCGCCGCCGCCGCCAUCACCGGCGCUCCGAGCCAUACCUCCCUCCCUCCCCUCCAGACCCGGCCCUCUCAUGGACCGGCAAGCCCAGGACUACGCAGCCGCGGCCAUGGCGUACGCGCAGGCGCAGCAGCAACAGCAGCAGCAACCUCCUCCGCAGUACGGCUUCCACCCUCAGGCGCCGCCGCCGCAGUACCCGCACCACCCGCACGCCGCGCCGCCCUUCGGCGCGCCGCUCCCGCAGUACGCGCCCUACCCGCGCGCCAUGCCGGCCCAGCAGCUCUACCCGCACCUCCCGCCGCACCAGCAGGCUCCCCCCUUCGCGGCGCACCCGUCGCACGCCAUGCCGUCGCCCUCCCCGCCGCCGCCGCACCCCUACAUGCACCCGCCGCCGUUCGACUCCGCGCCUCCCCCGGCCGCCCCGCCCCCGUCCGACCCGGAGCUCCAGAAGCGCAUCGACAAGGUCGUCGAGUACAUCGCGAAGAACGGGCCGGAGUUCGAGGUCGUGAUCCGUGACAAGCAGCACGACAACCCGGACUACGCCUUCAUCUUCGGCGGGGAAGGCCACGCCUACUACAGGUACAAGCUCUGGGUCUCGCCGCGGCCGCCGGUGGCGCCGUACCCUCCCGGAUCAAUGCACAUGAUGCCGCCGCUAGGUCCGAUGAUGCGGGGGCCGCCGCCGAUGCACCAGCCGGGUUACCCGACGUUCUACGACCAGCACCAGCAGCAUUUUGCUGCUCACGGCCAUGGCGAGUAUGACGCCGCGCCGCAAUCCUUCAAGGGCCUCUCCGGCCCGCUUCCGGUGGAUGUCGCAGCUGAGCUGCACGAGGUGCUUACCAAUCUCAAUGGCACCAAGGAGUCGAUAAAGGGUGCCAAGACAUGGUUCAUGCAAAGAUCACCAUUUGCGCCGGCUCUGGCUGAAGCUCUUAAGGAUAGAGUGUUUGCUCUAGAGGAUUCAGAGAGGCAGCUCCACAUUAUUUUCCUGGUUAAUGAUAUUCUUUUCGAAAGCUUACAAAGACGAAGUAAUGCUCGGGACCUUGACAAUGAGGCUUUGGCUUUUAGAUCUGUGCUGGGAUCUAUGCUUGCCAGGAUAUAUAGCAAUCCACAGAGCAAAGAUGAUAAUCAGAUGCGCCUUGAGAAAAUCCUGCAGUUCUGGGGUUCAAAGGAAGUUUAUGACCAGGAGACCAUCGCUAACCUUGAAAGAGACAUGAAAGGUGGGGUAUCAUAUCCUUUGCAACCACGGCAUGUUUCACCAGAUCCAUCAGCAUUUUCAGGAUCAGUGCAGCAGCCCUCGAAAUGGUCCUCAGAUCCACAGGAGGAGCAUCCUGUUUCUAUUCCACCCCAACCAGUGCCUCCUGCACAAUUUCCAAUAAACCAACUUCCAGCUGGUGUUUACCCUCCUGUAGGUCAAACUGCAUUUCCAGGAUCUUUGCCAGUUCAAACCCCCACUGUGCUUCCUCAAACCGCUGUUACUCCCGCUACCACAAAUGAUCCAAAUCCACCUCCUUAUCCACUAUUCCCCCCUGGUUUGAUUCCAGGAAUGGUGCGAAAGAUGCAAAUUGGGAGUGGAGUGCCAUACUCCCCCUUGAGUCCACUUGACAUCCCUACCAUGAUUCCACCAUCCACUAUUCCAGAGUCUGAGAUCCUUGAACGUGUAUCGAAGUUCUUUAAGGAGAUUGGGGAGGUAAACCCAUCGGAAGGGCCAAUGAAGCAAAGUGAGCCUGAUGAUUAUGAUAACUACGACAGGGACAACUAUGAGAGGGACCUUCCUGCUCGUAAGGGUGGUGCAUGUAUUCCGCCACCGCCCAACUUGCUUGUAAACCCUGAGACUGGGAUGCGGGCAGACGGUUCGGUUGAUAGUAAACCAGGGUCAACCGGUCGAUUGGGUCUUGGAGCUUCUGCUGACCCAAAUGAGAUUGGCCAGUAUGAUGAUGUCUAUUCUUCAUAUCGCAAACAGAGGAGCAGUACAUACCACUCUUCCAUCAGUGCUCGCUCUACAGUGCCAAAGUAAACGGCAGAAGCCUCAUGAACCACCUUUCAUCUGCUGUGGUUGAGAUUGGCUGUAUUACUGUACUUAGUGAACAGAAUUGACUUAUCAAAUGAUUGUACCAUGCAACUGUGUAUUAUCAGUAGCAGAAAAUGAUGUCUCUUUCAGUAUCUUCUUGUAGGCGGUGUUUUGAUCAAGCUGAUUUUGUUGGUGUUUCUAGUUCAGACUUCAGAUUUGGAGUUGAGUUGAUAUUCUUUCCUAGCUUCCAUAGUCCUAAAAUGUGGCUUCAGCAUUGGGGCUGGAUUGCUGCUCAGAAUAUGUUUUCUCAUGUACAAAAAACUUGUAUCCUAGUGAGGUUAGGCCUUUUCAUCAAAGGAUAUUUUCAUACCGUACUUUAAUUUCCACGACUAAAUUCAAAUACAUAUCAG